UCCACCCAUCAGUUGGAGAUAAACCUCGCAGGCCGUCACACGUCCCAGUGCAAUUCGUGCGAAAAUGACGUGCUAACCUGGCGAAUUAAUCAACCGUGGACGUCGAGCUCAAGUGCACCAGAUCGGCCGACUCGCGCUGCCGCCGACUGGCCGAAAUCUGGUCGAAUUUGGCCGCUCGGAGAGUGCGGGCGAGGUAUUUUGAGUGGCGGGUGUCGCGGCGGCCAAGCCAGCAGCCAGCGUUGUGCAAUAAGACACACAGUUGUUUCCUUCGCUUCCUGCUCUCGUGUGCAAUUUUCGUUUGCGGCGCCGAAUUCCGUUCGGCCGGAGACUCAUUAAACGCCGUUAUCGCUUCCCUUAACCCUUUCUCAGGCCACACCGAGCGCCGAGGACGUCGUAGUUGCGUGUAAUGGCGCCUCCUGACCUACUCUCCCUGACUGCCUAGACAAGUGCAUCUCGGCCGCAAUCUAGCUUCGAUCCAAGCAUGAACUACUCCAACAUCCUGGACAGCACGCGGCAGUACUUCCAGGGGCUCCCUUCGGCCCAGCAAGGCGACCCCGGGGGCGGGCCGGUUCCGCAGGCUCCGUUGUCGGCGCCGCCAGCGCCGCAGUCAACGCCGCCGCAACAAGUCUUCAUUCCUCCGCAAGCCAAGACUGACCUUCGAUGGCUUCCAAACGCAGCCUCGUACCCUUCAACGGGGGCCAAACUGGGGUCGUACCCGGCGGGCGCGAGUCGCACGCCCCCGUACACGCCACCGAGCGCCGGCAAAGCGUCGCCGUACGCGGCGCCGCCCCAGCAAAGCAAGUCGCCCGCAGUGCCUGCCUCAUUCUACCAGCAGCAGCAACAGCAGCAGCCGCCGCUGACCAAAGGGCUGACCUCGCUGGCCCCGUCCUCGUCGCCUUCACCCGCCUACAAUUACAAGCCGCUGAACCAGCAGUUCUACCCGCAGUUCAACUCGCGAGGACUGCCGCAGGUAUUCGAGACGUCCAAAGCGCAGCCCGUCGCCGUCGCCAAGACGGCAGUCAAUAGUUCUUCCGUGUCAACGCUGCCGACGACGCCGUCAACGUCCAAUACGGCUGCCGCGGCGACCAUGGCAAAUCACCACAUGGCAAGCAGGUAUCCCCAGAUAAACCCUAUGGACAGGAACUCUUUUGCCCAGCAAUACCAAGGCUACCCCCCGAGCAAGCAGCAUUUCUACCCCGGCUCGUAUCCCUCCACUUCUGCCUCGGCAGUGGCUGCAGCGCCCCCUGUGAACGUGAGCUCAGCACCCACCACCCCCAUGUACCCGACGAUGACUACCCCGAACUCGUGGAUGAGCUCAUUUGGCCAACAGCACAGACAACAACAGCAGCAACAACACCAUCGUCAUCAACAGCAACAACAGCAGCAGCUGGUCAGGUCUAGCGUAGUCAACCAUGUGAACGAACAGAAAAGUAAUAGCCAAUCUCCUCAUCAGCAUCAGCCCCUACAGCCACCUAAAGCUCCACCCCCGCCUGCGCAGAAGCAGCGUCCCAAACGUGACUCGCCACUUGAUCUCUCGGUGAGGACGAUUAGGCGGAGUGCAGAUUCAACUCACGACGACGAAGCAGUUGUUCGUUUGCUCGGAGGCUCUGCUGCUCCAGAAAUGGGCCGAGCGGACACCACUCAACCACCGCGUCUCAAUCAACCACCACCACCUAGUGAGCAGGCCAGAAUUGAUUUGAGUUUGCCUUCCCUGCUGCGUUCGCAAGACGUGCUGCCUACUUUUCGACCACAGUUUCGUAUGCCAAAUUAUUCAAGUGAAUCCGAGAAGGCCAGAGAGGCAAUGGCUGUGUCUUCCCUCCUCAGUUUAGAACAUAAAUUCGGCCCUCAACAGGCCAAGCAAACAGUGCCUCCUUCACAAUCUCCACGCCACACAAGUCAGUCCCCACAAACACCAAGUCAUCAGCAACCGCCUCCACAGCAAAACCACAUCCCUCAUUAUCAGUAUCAGCAGCAACCCACCCAGGCACAACUGCCCCAGCAACAAAAUUUGCCCAACUUCCACCACUUUUUGCCUGCCAAACAAAUGGAGACUUUGGCCCAGUACAACCACCACCCUCCCAGCAACAACCACCUCCAGGCCCAACAAAUGAUGUACAACCACCAGCAAAUGAAUUACCAGCUAUACCAGCAAAAAGCUAGCCAGUCCCCUCAACAACCCCUUUCAAUACCAAAGCACAACCACUUGGCAGCUGACAAACGGGUACUCAGCAUUUUGCGCAAUAGUCUUGAAACUAAGAAUGCCAACCAACAGAGAUUGCUUGCUGAGGCAGCAGCAAACCAGCAACAGCACCCGGCAAUCCGAAUGCAAGGGCCGAUUGUAGCUCUUCCUCCCCAACUCCCAUCAAAACAGACUGUAAUCAAGCAACAAGGUGAUGUUCCUCAUACAAACAAAAAACCAGAAACUCCAAACCUGCCCCAAUCUGGGUCUGAUUUGGACGGCUUAGCUGCUUUGGUUGCUGCCCGCAUUCGAACAAAGGCUGAGUUGAAGCAGCACAGUGGCGACUUCCAGCAGACCCAAUUGCUGAGUCCCACUUCCUAUUGUGGCCGAUGUUCUCACCAUGGCUGUGUUUGCCAGAAGUGCCGAAACUGUCCGGAGGGUGUGCCCUGCACUUGCAAAAGAGACAAAGCUGCUGCGCCUGUCUCAUUGAGGAAAGUCUCGGACACAAGAAGCUCGACCGAAACUUCUGUGUUUGACUUCCCAGACAGUGAUCCAGAAAUUAGCGGUCCAACCUCAGUUGGUGACAUGAGAAGGAAUAGGAAAGCGCCCACCGACACACCUCCGUUUUCGGAGCCACCCCCAUUAUCACCUAUUGCAAAACCUGAAGAUGUUGAUCCUGACUGGGCGAAUGUCUGCAGCAGUUUAGUCACAAGUUUAGAGACCAAAGUCAGCAAGUGCAACAGAGCUGCCCAGCACAGCUUCCAAGCAGCGCGCAAAAGGAAGCAGCAGCAAGAGGAAAAGUUGAAAGCAAAAAUAAUUAAGCUGGAAUCACAAUCAAAGGAAGAACUUGUUGAGUCUUGCAUCAAUGCAACUAGUGAAAGUGAUAAACUUCUUGUUGUGGGAAUUCCGGCAAUCAAGUCUGAGCUGAAGCCUGCGGUUGUUCUUAGUCGGUUGGAGGACGAAGAAGAAAAUAGUGUUCUAUCAGAUUCUAGUGGUGAUGCUUUACCAGCAAGGAUAAAGAAGAAAAUUGCAACACCAUCAAGCUCGUCAGAGUCUGAUUACGAGGAAGAAUUAACCUUGGCUGAAAGGAAGUUGCAUAGAGGAGCUGUUCGAUCCUCGUCUAGCGCUGAGAGUUCAGAAAGCUCAACGGAAGAGUCAGACUGGUCAGACGAUGUAGGAAAAUCUGUGUCAGGAAGGCUCCGAACAACCCGAAAUGGAAGCAGGACCUACAACACCAGAAAAAGUAAAGGAGGCAGGAAAGCUAGGGGCGGGAAAAGAAAGACUCGGCGGGGCAUUAGUAGCAGCGAAGAAGAAGAGGAAGAAGAUGAUGAUGAUGUUGCGACUGACGAUGAUUCUUCUUCUCCGAGUCCAAAGCCAAAGAGGCAAACACGAAGAAGUGCGAAACAGCGCUGUAAAAGUUCUUCUAGAAGUCCGUCUCCAGAAGUUAGGAAAACUAGAAGUUCCAAAGUAAUGAAGCCAUUGUCUAAAAAAGAUGCUGAAAGCACAAAACCUGCAACUAAGACUGCAAAAGAAAAGCCCACUAAAGAAGUCAAAGAGAAAGAAAAUAAGUCCAGCAAGAAAUGUGUGAAAUCAAUUGUGGAGAAGCCUGACAAGAACAUCAAUGAAAAUUCCAUUGACAAUGGCUUUUAUCCUGGUUGGGAAACUGAGCUUGUCAAAUUUAAGCAGUCGCUUCGUAUGCCUUCCAAUCUCAUUCGAGUGCAUUCGAGACCAAACUCUGAUCCUCCAACUCCCACUAAAAAGCGUCGGGGCAUCACAGACUCACCCAGUAGUGACUCUAGCCUGAGAGGAAAGAAAUCAGACUUGGACGCGACUAAGAAAAAGGUUAUUCGGGAUGUUGAACUCUCAGACAGUUCCUGCUCCAUGCCUGGCAGACCAAAAAAGAAAAACGAAAAAGUAAGCCAGGAGGUGCUUAAGAAAUUGGCCACCAAACUAAAAAAUAAGGCGGCAACGUCAGUUGGACCAAAGAGAGGUGUCAAGUCUGAAGAGGAUAAAUCUGAGGAAGAAUCGUCCCCGAAGAAGAGUUCAGUGCCCACGAGGAAAGGUCUGAGGGCCAGAAGACGCAGUUCAAGACUUAGCGGCAACGGCGAACGAAGACACUUGAGGAGUGCGGCUCAACAACGAAGCAACAGAAUCUUGCUCAAUUCCAAAAAACACCUGCGAAGGAGAGACAUCAAGGUGAAGGAGAAGACUGGCGACAGUCCUGUCAAGGUCAGAAAGACGCCUGCAAAAUCUAGAAGGAAGCUGAGAUCCUCGGGAUUUGACUAUCUGAGAAAGAAGAAGAAAAAGAAGGAAGGCAGCGAAACCAGCAGCACAACAGCAAAAAAGCCUGCAUCGUCAGCAAACCAGAACAAAUCCCUUGAAGAGAUUGCAAAUGAAGUGCGCAGUUGGGUGGUUAACAAAGGCCUUGGAGAGACCGUUUUGCACAGAGCUGCUAGAGCUUCUCGAAAUGACGUGGCUGCUUAUUGUUUGGAGGCUCUCGGAAUGGAUCCCUCGGCUAAAGACAAUGCUGGUUACACGCCUCUCCACGUGGCCUGUGCCAGGGGCCAUUUAACUAUGGCUCGUCUGCUCCUGAUGUAUGGCGCCCUAGUGGACAGCAGUGCUCAAGGUGGAAUAAGACCAUUACACGAGGCUGCGGAGUGUGGCCACCUGGAAGUUGUGCGCUUGCUGCUCAGUUAUGGAGCUGACCCGCUGCUCUUCAACUACGCUGGCCAAACUUCGAUGGACCUGGGAAGUUUAGAUGCACAGAAGUUGCUUAGGGAACAUUUGGAUGACAUUCAGGGCAGAUCGACUGUCCCGUGGACUUUUGAAUUCUACAACAGUUUAGAACCUGUUGAAAAUGGAUUCGACAUAUUUGAUGACGCGCCAAUUCCCGAACCUGUACCCUUAGAGGAGGAGGAACCUGAAAUUGAAGAAAUCACCAUGAGUAUUGGAAACUCUCCAUUCUCACUUCCGGCCACCUUCUGGGUGAAAGGCGAAACCGACACUUUCAUGAUCCUUUCUGAAGUCUGCUCCUACACAGGCCACUCCCAAGACUGGUUGAAGAAGACCCUCAAGAGUGAGAUGGUGACUAAGGAGAUGAGCAAAUCGCAAUUUUUUGAGGAGGCCCGCUGCUCCCACAUUUUGGGCGCCAACUGGAAUCCUGAUCCACACAAACUGAAAAAUAAUAUUACGCUGGUCACGGUGGACAAGGAGCUAAAGAGGCUUCUCGCAUCUGCAGGGCAGAAACUGAAAAGAUGACGCAUCGAGAAACUUUAAUGAAUUACUUUUUUACCUUUUACACUACUAUCGUCGCUAGAGUGUUUUUAAUUAUCUAUCUAUUGUUUAAAGUGGCUUUCUUAUAGACAAACGUUUGAAAUUGUGUUAACAUAUCAGUGUGCAGUAACUAGUCUUGUGUUGACUGGUGUAAAUAGACUCUUUGUGAUAUGGGAAAUGUGCAACAUACAGAUAUUACGUGAAAUAAUAUGUAUAAUCCGCACUACUCUCCGGUGUAGAUUCUUUUUAUUAAAAACAUUGUUUAAAAUUAUCCACUGCUUUUUU